AUGGCAAGCGUCUCCUCUGACCUUCUCUGGGAACUCUUAAGAAACAACAACAAAUACCUCAUCCGUCGCCAAAACACUGAUUUCUCAGCUGACCCUUACAAUCUCGUGAACAUUCACAGCCAGAAGUUCGCAGGAAUCGCAAGCACAAGUGCAAUUGGAGUAGCCACCAGGAAAAAAGGAGAAUCAGUCACCCUCAAAGCCAAAAAACUCAGAAAAUACGGGCUCAAAGGCAAAACUCAGCACGAAGUAAAAAUCGCAGUCAAGAAAGGAGAUUACUCUGGAAGAGCCAAAAGUGCACUUGUCUCUUUGGUUGAAAGCAGAAAUCCUGGUUUAGCUAAAGCUGCUUCAGAAAGAAUGCAAAAACUUCAUAGCUCUGAACACCCAAAGAAGACGAUUACUCGUAGAAACAGAAAAGCUUAA